CGAGAACGUGCCAUCUAUGAUUUACCCCAUCACUAUGGCGAUAUAAGAAGGCCGCCUCUAGGGUUUUGCAUUGCCGACUCUGCUCCUCCAUCGCACCUGCAAAGACGCAGACGUAGUGGAAGAAAGGAAAGAGGUCCUCGGCAUCUAACACGAUGGGGAAAACUCGUGGUAUGGGAGCUGGGCGCAAGCUCAAAACUCACAGGAGGCGUCAAAGAUGGGCAGACAAGUCAUACAAGAAAAGUCAUCUGGGCAAUGAGUGGAAGAAGCCCUUUGCUGGAUCAUCACAUGCCAAGGGUAUAGUCCUCGAGAAGAUAGGUAUUGAAGCUAAGCAGCCCAACUCUGCUAUCAGAAAAUGUGCUAGAGUUCAGCUGAUUAAGAACGGGAAGAAAAUUGCAGCUUUUGUUCCUAAUGAUGGUUGCUUAAAUUACAUUGAAGAAAAUGAUGAAGUCUUGAUUGCUGGUUUUGGGCGUAAGGGUCAUGCUGUGGGUGAUAUUCCUGGAGUCAGAUUCAAGGUGGUGAAGGUCUCGGGAGUGUCCUUGUUGGCGCUUUUCAAGGAGAAGAAGGAGAAGCCUCGGUCUUAAGUCAUUAAUGAGUUUCUGAUCAACCAAUUUCUGUUAGGUUUGUUUGGACAAUUAUUCUUGAACUUGCUACCUGAUGUAGACCUGAAAUUUUCAUUUUGCAUGAGCUCCCAAGUUUUUCAUCUUUAUGCAAAAAGUAGAACUUGUGAAAAUAAUCAUCAUCAUUCAAAAAUCUAGAACAACUUAUAGUUAUUCUGUGAUGUUUCCUAUCUGAUGAAUUGUGAUUCAGGUGAAGUGAAGAUACAAUAUUGUGGGAACACUUUAGUGAGCUUGUUUGAAUGAAUUGCCGUCUUGGACGAGCUUGUGUGAA